GCCUGUGGCCCGACUCUCUCUCACGAAUGUGGCACCAACCUGUACCAGAACGGUGUGUGUUACCUCUUCAAUGGUCAGCUCCAGCACAUCGCCAGAUACCCGUCCAGAACACAAGACUGUUUCACUGCCCGGGUGGACCUGGCCCUGCUCAUCGAUGGCUCGGGGAGUAUUGUUCCGUCCGACUUCACUCUCAUUAAGGAGUUCAUCCUCCACAUGUUCCAGCGAUACCGGCACCGCGACGUUCAGUUUGCUGUGAUGCAGUACUCGGAUCUGGUGAAGAAAGAGUUUAACUUUGAGGAAUAUGAGCUUUCCAAUCGAAACGAGUCCCUGGUCCAGAAGAUCCGACAGCUCACGGGAGACACCUACACCCCCACAGCCAUCAAACAGCUCGUGGAGGAAAUCUUUGUGGAGGAGAGUGGUUUGCGGAGCAACUCCAAGCGGGUGAUGGUGGUUAUCACUGACGGCAAAUCCAAUGAUCCUGACACCACCUUCUCGGAGGCGAUCCGUCUGGCUCAGGACAAACACAUCCUUCGGUUUGCUGUUGGG